AAAAAGUUACCUGAACUAAUAUUUGAAUAAAAAAUUAACCGAAUUCUUAUUAAAAUUUAUACCAUUAUCCAAUUCUAGUCCCAGGUGCCCAUUGAUGGAUUGUCCAUACACUUGCUUAAAGCAACAUAAUUGUUAAGGUUCUAUGGUUAUCCCACCAUUUUUUCACCGGUUCCGCGGUUUUUUAUUAGGUUAGGUUUUGUGUUCCCAAUUUUUGUUAGAAACAGUUUCAAGACUGCAAAGAAAAGAUUAAACUAAAAGUUUUAAGUGUCGAACAGGUAAUAAAAAUGGAAGUAUCCGAAGAAAAUAUACAAACUUUAGCAAGAUAUCUACAAGAAACUCUAAGUACUGAUCGAAAUAUCAGAGUAGGAGCUGAAAAAUUUCUAGAAAAAAUUGAAGUCAAUCAGAAUUAUCCACUAUUACUGCUCAAUCUUAUACACAAACCCGAAGUGGAUCUGAUUAUUCGUGUCACGGGUGCUAUAGCCUUUAAAAAUUACAUAAAACGCAACUGGAAUAUUGAAGAAGACCAGCAAGACCGUAUUCAUGAAUCAGAUAGAACUGCUAUAAAGAAUCUUAUUGUCACCUUAAUGUUAACAUCACCAGAAUCAAUUCAGAAGCAGCUAAGUGAUGCUAUAAGUAUAAUUGGAAAAACUGAUUUUCCUAUGAAAUGGCCUGAAUUGAUAACGCAAAUGGUAGAGAAGUUUGCUACAGGCGAUUUUAAUGUAAUAAAUGGAGUGUUAAGAACUGCACAUUCGCUAUUUAAAAAGUACCGUUAUGAGUUUAAAUCUAAUGAGCUUUGGUUGGAAAUAAAGUAUGUUUUGGAGAAAGUGGCUCAACCCUUGACCAACCUCUUGGUGGCUACUGUCAAUUUAGCUGAAACUCAUGCAAACGAUGUUAAUGCUUUGAAAGUAAUCUAUAGCUCUCUGGUACUCAUCUGUAAGGUCUUUUACUCUUUAAAUUUUCAAGAUCUGCCUGAAUUUUUUGAAGAUAAUAUGCAAAUUUGGAUGAACAACUUUCAUACCUUGCUGGUAGCUGAUGUAAAAGUACUGCAAACUAAUAGUGAAGAGGACGCUGGGAUUAUGGAACAGUUAAAAUCACAAAUAUGCGAUAACAUAGCAUUGUACGCUCAGAAAUAUGACGAGGAGUUUCAGUCUUACCUACCACAAUUUGUAACGGAUGUCUGGAGUCUUCUGGUUAACACCGGGUUGCAGCCAAAAUAUGAUUUACUGGUGUCGAACGCGUUGCAAUUUCUAUCAUCAGUCGCAGAACGGAACCAUUAUCGGAACCUAUUUGAAGAUAAUACUGUGCUCAGUAGCAUCUGUGAGAAAGUGGUUAUACCCAAUAUGGAGUUUAGAGUGUCUGAUGAAGAACUCUUUGAGGAUAAUCCCGAAGAAUAUACUCGUAGGGAUAUAGAGGGUUCAGACGUGGAUACAAGGAGACGAGCAGCCUGUGAUUUAGUUAACACCCUUAGCACCCACUUUGAACAAAAAAUUAUGGAAUUAUUUGGGGCAUAUCUUCAAGUUAUGUUAGCGAAAUAUACCGAAAACCCAAAAAGUCAUUGGAGAAACAAGGAUGCCGCACUGUAUUUAGUAAUAUCGUUAGUAAGCAGAGGUUCCACUCAAAAACACGGCGUGACGCAGACAAGUCAGUUAGUAAACAUCACUCAGUUCUGUCAGCAACACAUACUACCUGAGUUGGAAAGAGCGGAUGUAAACGAGUUGCCCGUGUUAAAAGCAGAUGCUAUUAAAUACGUCAUGACGUUCAGGAGCAUUUUGCCUGCCGACAUGGUCGCAUCAACUAUACCACAGCUGAUCAGGCAUUUGCAAAGCGAAAGUGCGGUUGUGCAUACAUAUGCCGCUUGCUCGCUGGAGAAAAUUUUAAUAAUGAAAAACAGCAGCAAUCAAGCCAUCGUCUCCGCUGAAAAGCUGGAGCCGUUCGCGGGAGAACUGAUAUCUCGCUUGUUCGGCGUUUUGGAACGACCAGUGUCGGAAGAAAACGAGUAUAUCAUGAAAGCCAUUAUGAGGACAUUUUCUACGUUGCAAGAACGGGUUAUCCCUUUCUUGGGAGUCGCACUACCCAAACUCACUGAGAAAUUGCAGGUUGUCGCCAGAAAUCCUUCAAAGCCCCACUUCAAUCAUUAUUUGUUUGAGACAAUUUCACUUUCCAUAAGGAUCGUUUGCAGAGCAAACCAAUCUGCUGUCAAAUCAUUUGAGGACAUACUGUUUCCUAUAUUUCAAGCCAUUCUCCAGCAAGACAUUCAAGAGUUUAUUCCUUACGUGUUUCAAAUUUUGUCACUGCUCAUGGAACAUACUCCGCCCGGGGCGAUUCCGGAACCUUACAUGCAACUACUGCCGUGUCUCCUUGCGCCCGUAUUGUGGGAGAGACCGGCGAACAUUAGUCCUUUGGUACGACUGCUGAGCGCUUUCGUUACGCAAGCUGCGCCUCAGAUAGCCGCCGAGGACAAGCUGUCAGGCUUCUUAGGGGUGUUUCAAAAACUGAUAGCUUCAAAGUCAAAUGACCACGAAGGAUUCUAUCUUAUGCAGAGCUUAAUUCAACACUUUCCGACGGAAAGGUUAGGUCCGUAUUUGAAGCAAGUUUUCUUCCUACUAUUCCAACGAUUGUCGUCCAGCAAGACUACAAAGUAUGUUGUCAAUCUCAUAGUGUUCUUUUCCUUGUUUUCUGUUAAAUACUCACCCAACGAGCUUAUCUCCAUCGUGGAUGGUAUACAGACGCAGAUGUUUGGAAUGGUACUGGAAAAGUUGUUUAUAGCGGAACUUCAAAAAGUUACGGGCAAUGUCGAACGAAAGAUCGUUGCCUGCGGAGUCACUAAGUUACUGUGCGAUUGUCCCGAAAUGUGUACUGGGAAUUACCAAAAGUACUGGCCGCAGCUUUUGCAGGCGUUGCUGAUGUUUUUCGAGAUGCCUCCUGACGAAACAUUUCUGCCGGACGAUCAUUUCAUCGAAGUCGACGAUACACCGGCCUAUCAAACGUCAAAUGCUAAACUAAACUUUGCAAAUAGCAGCAAGUCAGAUCCUUUGCUAGGAAUCAGCGAACCUAGAGAGUUUUUAGCUCAAAGUUUGGCCAAUCUGGCCAGUUCUAUGCCUGGACGUAUAGUGACUCUUAUCAGCAACAUUGACACUCAAUCUCAAACCAUCUUACAGACCUAUCUAACCAAAUUUGGAGUUCAGCUCGUGUAGUUUCUCUUUAUUCUAAUGGCGAAAUAAGGAUCAGCAUUCUCGUCUUGUUCUUUUUUUAAUUGUAUCUUUUUAGGAUAAGUAUUAUUGUUUGAGGUUUGUAAUAAACUAAAAACUAUUUUUUUAGUA